AUGGAGGCUCCAGAGGAAGCUGCACUCUGCUUUCCCCACAUCAACACCUCCUGCAGGAGGAGGACGGGUCCUUACGUGGAGACAAUGCUCACUUACACUGUGCUGUCCUGCAUCGCGAUACUCACCGUGAUCCUAAACCUGUUGCUCCACACCACCACCAACCUCCUCCUCCUCUCUCUGGCUGUUGCUGACUUCCUCGUGGGUCUCCUGCAGAUGCCACUUCUCCUCCUCCAGAACCAAGGCUGCUGGUUCUUGGGCGAUGUCAUCUGUGUCGUGUAUUACUGUUUAGGUUUCCUUGUUGUCAGCGUUUCAGUGGGAAGCAUGGUGCUCAUAUCAGUCGACCGCUAUAUAGCAAUUUGUAACCCCAUGUUUUACACCACCAGAGUCACUCUGACCAGAGUUAAACUCUGUGUUUGUCUAUGUUGGAUAUUUUCCAGUGUACACAGCAGUUGGAUUUUGAGGGGUGUCCUAAAACAGCCUGACAUGUAUAACUCCUGCUAUGGAAGUUGUGUAGUUGUGGUCGGUUUUGCUGAAGGACUUGUUGAUCUUAUUGCCACAUUUUUAUGCCCCAUUUUAAUCAUAUCAGUUCUGUAUUUGAGAGUGUUUGUGGUGGCUGUGUCUCAGGCUCGGGCCAUGCGCUCUCAAAUCGUAGUCGUCACAGUGGUGCAUUCCCAGACUUUAAAAGCAAUGAAAUCUGAGAUUAAAGCAGCAAGGACUCUUGGUAUUGUAUUGGUAGUUUUUCUUCUCUGCACAUGUCCAUAUUCAUGUUUUGCUGUUGCAGCUGAGACUGCCUUGCUUGGGGCGUCAUAUUCGUUAAUUAUGCUUUGGUUAGUCUACUUAAACUCGACCUUUAACCCUGUGAUUUAUGUCUUUUUCUACCCGUGGGUCAGAAAAACCAUUAAACACAUUUUUACUCUUCAGAUUCUGCAGCCUGGCUCCCGUGACGUGAGUGUGAUGUAG